CUGACCCGGGCCAGGGGCAUCAUCGCGCAGGGUCUAGCGACUUCGUGGGAAGUUUCGUCCGACGGCAAGACGUUCACGUUCCCGCUGCGCGAGGGCGUAAAGUUCCACGAUGGCGCGGAUAUGACAUCCGCAGAUGUCAAGGCGACCUUCGACCGCAUCAUCUUCCCGCCCGACCAUGUGUCGAGCAGGCGGCAGGCGCUGUUCUCCGCCGUGGCGGACGAUGGCGUUCAGGCGCCGGACGAUUUCACCUUCAGACUCGUGCUGAAGGAGGCGCGCGCCGCGGAUUUCAUACUUAACGCCUUCGCCACCGGCUUUAACGUCAUCGUUCGCAAGCAGACGCUUGACGAUAACAAUUCUGACCUGCGUACCAUUCCUACUACCCCGGCACAGGGCCAUACAGGUAUAAGGAACACACGGGACGCGGAGUUCUGGAAGAUUGAGGCGAACCCCGACUACUGGAACCCCAACCUUCCCUACCUCGACGGUAUCAACAUCUAUCACAUGCCAGACGCGCAGACCAAGAUAGCAGCGUUCCUAGCAAAGAAGUCCGACUACGCGCGUGUUAUCGACCCCAAGUCUUACCAUGACUGGGUAGCAGACACGCCCGAAGGAAUGAAGCUGCACCGCUACGCGCAGACAACCGUGCAGGGCAUCUGGAUGAAGCAGGAUACAGAAGACCUGCGCAAACGCGACACCUGCGUUCCGACUGCCGAGAAGGCACCGUACCUGGCGGAGGCCAAAGCAUUGCUGGAAGAAGCCGGCUACGGCGACGGCUUGGACAUAAGCAUCAAGUACUCUGUCGAAGGCCACUAUGCCGUUUGGGGACCGCUGAUUGCCCAGUUGCUCAGCGAACAGGGAAUAAACGUGGAGCAGAUACCUCUUGACGGUCCCGUGGCGAUUCAGAGCAUUCAGGACGGCAACUUCGAGCUUGCGACAUCAUACGCCGUCUUCCCAUUUGGCGACCCGUCCUCCUACAUAGGGGCGUGGUACGGCUGCGGCGCGACCGAGAACUAUGGCGGCUUCUGCAGCGAGGACGUGGAUGCGCUGAUUAGCAAGAUAGACGGCGAGUUGGAUCCCACUAAGCGCAAGGACUACGUCCACGAGCUUGACCUACUUCUUGAGGAGCAGGUGCCAUUUGCCACCGCCGCGUGGGAAGAGUUCCCCGACGCCUACUGGGAAUAUGUGAAAGGGCAAACCGGCGAGUACAGCGUGGGCAUCUAUAACGCUGAGCGCCGCGGAACCUGGUGGCUCGACCAGAACAGCCCGCACUUCCCUCGAUAG